AUGGUGCGCGCCUGGUACAGAGCCGAGACUGGGGACGAUAAGGAGGCAAUGAUGCUAGAUCCUCCACAGUUUCUUCCAGUGGAGGAGGUGAUGAGGAAAACGGGCAUCAUAUGUCUUAAGUUCAAGGCAGCCACCUGGGACACGGAUGGAGAGUACGCUGCCUUGAAAGAAAGCAGACGAUACAGCUAUGAGGACACUGUGGAAAUCUCCAAGGAAGCACUGCCAAACUACGAUGCAUUGGUGAAGACUUUUGCUACCGAGCACAUCCACCCGGACGAGGAGGUCCGGUUCGUGAUUGAGGGCACUGGUUACUUUGACAUCCGUGAUUGGGACGAUCGCUGGAUCAGACUGGAGGCCAGACCAGACGAUCUACUCAUCCUCCCAGCUGGUAUCUAUCAUCGGUUUGUCUUGGAUAAAAAGAACUUCAUUAAAGUGAAGCGUCUUUUCGAGGGCACGCCAUGUUGGACUGCUUAUUUCCGCCCAGACGGAGACGACCAGCCCGUUAGGGGGCAGUACCUCCAACGUAUGGCUGAAAUGAGACUGGCUACAGGCCAAUGA